UAAUAUUAACAUUACGGUAACUUGCGAAAUUCUCCAUAGUUGAUAAUUCAGCUCUCAUAGUAUAGGAGCAUUAACUCAAGAGAGUUUCAAAACUCAGUGAUCACGUAAUGAGCUAAAUGGCUUUAAAUACGCCGGAAACAGUAACCCGGAAGUAUAGGCGGUAAUGAGCUUGCAGUGCAUCCUAUAGUGUAGGAACACCAUCCAUAGAAAUCUCAGCUAUUCGUCUCAUACAGCAACGCCCCCUAUAGUCCGUUGUGAUUGUGAAUAAUUUAAGUGUGUAGAAAUAGGCAGCUAAACACUGGCCACUGGGUGCCAUUUGAAUCUUGAACAAGAAUUAUAAAAAGAGUAUUUGUAAAAAAUAUUUAUUCAGUUUAUUUGCAUGAACAUUAUCUUAUCUUCUAAUGUCAUUAUUUUCAUCGUACUAAAAGAGAGCCUAAUUAAAAAUUGUGUGAAGAAAAAAAAAGCAAUUAAAAUAAAGAAAAAAUCUUCGUUAUAAAGCAAUAUUGGAUGUGCAUUGUUCUGAAUUUCAUGCUACUUGAAGACAACCAAAGAUGUUAGCCAAGAAUAGGUUAUCUUAAAAUUUGUCUCCACACAAAUUUGCCUGCUAGCCACAGAGAAAGCAAGGCAUUUUCAUUAUCUUAUAUGACUACAAAAAUACUGUGCAUUUUUUAUUACUAUGAUUUUUUAUUGCUAUGUAUUUAUUACUAUGAAUUACUUUGAUAUUCAUUCCAUUGUAAAACUUAGAUGUAUUUAUAACAAUUUAAUUACUAUUUUUGCUUUACCCUUUUAAUAUUAUAUCCAGUAAUAGUCAUUAAUAUCCAUAACUGAGGGUUCUGAGAGACAUUUGAGUAAAAUUUUUAAUGAUGUUUUUCUAAAAAUGUAUUUUAACUUGUCAUAAGAUUGUUCACUCUAACUUGUCGUAAGAGUUUUCAUCAUCAGUAGCUCGACAGUCCUGGGUGGACCCUGACUUUCUCAAGAAGACUGCACCAAUCCUUUCUUCUGCGUGCCACGGCUUUCCAAUCUCUGACCUUGAUUGUGGUAAAGUCCCUUUGGAGGCACUCCGCCCAUCUCAGUCGGGGUCUGCCUCUCUUUCUAACUCCAGUUGGCCUUGCCAAAAAGAUUUUUUGGUGCUCUUGCUGUAAGAGUUUUCACUCUUAAAAAAUCUUAUGAUGGCAAUAUAUUUAGAUCUUUGAAAUAAUAAUUAGCUAUAUACAGAUUAAUACAGUUGCAUUUUAUACAAUAUGAGUUUUUUAGCAGAAGGUGACAUGAUUGGGCUCAAUGUUAAUACUAAUAAGAAUCUUUAUAUCUGUGUUAUAUGUAAUAAAAAAUUUUCAAACAAUAGUAAUCUGACUGUGCAUUGUCGCUCUCAUACUGGUGAAAAACCUUAUUCUUGUAGUAUAUGUCAGAAGAGUUUUACACAGAAGAGUGGUCUGAAUAAGCAUAGUCGCUCUCAUACUAGUGAGGAACCUUAUUCUUGUAGCAUGUGUAGUAAAAAAUUUUCAUGGAAGAAUAGUCUAACUGCACACAGUCGCUCUCAUACUGGUGAGAAAUCUUAUUCCUGUAGUAUAUGUAAUAAGAGUUUUUCAUAUAGGUGGAAACUAACUAAACACAAUCAUACUCAUACCCGUGAGAAAGCUUAUUCUUGUAGCAUGUGUAAUAAGAGUUUUUCAGAAAAAAGUACACUAAAUAGGCACUGUCGCACUCAUACAGGUGAGAAACCUUAUUCUUGUAGUAUAUGUAAUAGGAGUUUUUCAGAAAAAGGUACACUAAAUAGACACUGUCGCACUCAUACAGGUGAGAAACCUUAUUCUUGUAGUAUAUGUCAGAAGAGUUUUUCAGUGAACGAUAAGCUGACUGUGCACAGUCGUUCCCAUACUGGUGAGAAUCCUUAUUCUUGUAGUAUAUGUAAUAAGAGUUUUUCAGAAAAAAGUACACUAAUUGGACACUGUCGCACUCAUACUGGUGAAAAACCUUAUUCUUGUAAUGUAUGUAAUAAAAGUUUUUCAGAAAAGAGUAAACUAACUAAACACUGUCGCACUCAUCCUGGUGAGAACCCUUAUUCUUGUAGUAUAUGUCAGAAGAGUUUUUCAGAGAAGAGUAGGCUGACUGUGCACAGUCGUUCCCAUACUGGUGAGAAUCCUUAUUCUUGUAGUAUAUGUAAUAAGAGUGUUUCAGAGAAGAGUAGGCUGACUAUACACAGUCGUUCUCAUACUGGUGAGAAACCUUAUUCUUGUAGCAUAUGUAAUAAGAAUUUUUCAUACAAGAGAAGUCUGACUGUGCACAUUCGCUCUCAUACUGGUGAGAAACCUUAUUCUUGUAGUAUAUGUCAGAAGAGUUUUUCAGAGAAGAGUAGGCUGACUAUACACAGUCGUUCCCAUACUGGUGAGAAACCUUAUUCUUGCAGUAUAUGUAAUAAGAGUUUUUCAGAGAAAAGUAAUCUGACUAUGCACAGUCGUUCUCAUUCUGGUGAGAAAUCUUAUUCUUGUAGUAUAUGUAUUCAAAAUUUUUCAUAUAGGUCUGAUCUAACUAAACACAAUUGCUCUCAUACUCAUGAAAAACCUUGAUCUUGUAACUUAUGCCUAUAAUACAUUUUUUUCGUUGAUUUUUUUAUUUCUUCACUUAUGCGUAAUUGUGUUUGCCUUUGAGUAACUUAAUUCUUCUAGUGAGUGUAAUAAAAGAUUUUGUGAAAUAAAGUGAUCUAGCCUUUCAGUUA